CGAACUUUAGCCAUAUUUUGUCUGUUAGAAACAUGUGCAGUAAAUAACGGUGGCUGUGAUCGUACUUGUAAAGAUACAUCGACCGGAGUUCACUGCAGCUGUCCUGUUGGAUUCGCACUCCAGUUUGAUGGGAAGACAUGUAAAGAUAUUGAUGAAUGCCAGUCCAAUAAUGGAGGCUGCGAUCAUUUCUGUAAAAACACGGUUGGCAGUUUUGAUUGCAGCUGCAGAAAAGGAUUUAAAUUAUUAACAGAUGAGAAAUCUUGUCAAGACAUUGAUGAAUGUUCUUUUGAGCGGACAUGUGACCACACGUGCAUCAAUCAUCCAGGCACCUUUGAAUGUACUUGCAACAAAGGAUAUGCCCUCUAUGGCUUCACGCAUUGUGGAGAUAUUAAUGAAUGUAGCAUCAACAACGGUGGUUGCCAACAGAUAUGUGUUAAUACAGCAGGAGACUAUGAAUGCCUGUGUCACUCUAACUACAAAUUACACUGGAAUAAAAAGGAUUGUGUUGAAAUAAAGGAGCCCCUGCCUGAUAAUAUGUCAGCCAAAGUAUUGCUGCGCUGCAUUAAGAGUGGUGGGAGUGAUAGAUGCUUCUUAAGCUGCUCGUCGGAUGUCCGGGUAGUUACUGGAACACAGGAUGCCUACACCCUUACCUGUGGCAGCUCUUCUCAGCUUAAGAAAAAGCAGCAAAAUACAAAUGCAUCCACUUGGCUGGAUACCUCAGCCAUCAAGAUAAGCGUAACCUUUAAGUUAUCUGAAGGCAAAUGUAGUUUGAAAAAGACUGAGAUGUUUCAAGAAGGUCUGGAACAGAUGAUAACAGAGAGACAUAAUUCAGUAAUGGAGAGCUUCCGCUAUGUAAACCUAACAUGCAGCUCUGGCAAGAAAGUUCAUGGACCCUUCAGUAGACUGCCAGCAACUAGAGAAAUUUUUAUCACUGCGGACUUUGAGCUUGAAACAAGCCAUAAGGAGGUGACAGAUACGUGUGAUGUGCGCUGUGCACGAAAAAAGACUGAAAAGAGGUUCCGUAAAACCAUCCGAACCUUACGGAAGACGGUCAGCAGGGACCACUUCCGUGUUCGCGUCUCCGGAAUGGACCAUGAAGUGGCGAGAAAGUCUCUCAAGCUAUCGGAGCCACAGGAAUCAUGUGGCGUAGGACAGUUGCAUGUGGGUAACAGAUGUGAUCAGUGCUCACCCGGCGAAUACUCCCCUGAUGGCUUCAAGCCCUGUCUGCCGUGCCCCGCUGGAACAUUCCAGCCGGAAGCCGGGCGGGUGUCCUGCUUUCCCUGCGGAGGAGGGCUCACAACGCGACACAACGGUGCAUCCAUGUUUCAGGACUGUGAGACCAAAGUUCAGUGUUCACCUGGCCAUUUUUACAAUACUACAACUCAUCGGUGUAUUCGCUGCAUAGUUGGAACAUAUCAGCCUGAGUUUGGACAAAAUUACUGUAUUUCAUGCCCUGGAAACACUACUACUGACUUUGAUGGGUCAACUAAUGUAACACAAUGCAAAAACAGGCAGUGCGGAGGUGAACUGGGAGACUACACUGGUUAUAUUGAAUCCCCAAACUAUCCAGGGGACUAUCCUGCGAAUGCUGAGUGCACUUGGAAUAUUAACCCACCGCCAAAGCGCCGUAUUCUGAUUGUGGUGCCAGAAAUAUUUCUGCCAAUAGAAGAUGAGUGUGGAGACUACCUGGUGAUGCGCAAGAGUUCGUCUUCCAAUUCUGUGACCACAUAUGAAACCUGUCAAACCUAUGAACGCCCUAUAGCUUUCACUUCGAGGUCUAAGAAGCUGUGGAUCCAGUUCAAGUCAAAUGAAGGGAACAGUGCCAAAGGAUUCCAAGUUCCCUACGUAACAUAUGAUGAGGAUUAUCAAGAGCUAAUAGAAGAUAUUGUUCGGGAUGGUAGACUUUAUGCAUCUGAAAAUCAUCAAGAAAUACUUAAGGAUAAGAAGCUGAUAAAAGCACUGUUUGAUGUAUUGGCACAUCCACAAAACUACUUCAAGUACACAGCCCAAGAAUCAAGAGAGAUGUUCCCAAGAUCCUUCAUACGGCUGCUGCGCUCUAAAGUUUCCAGAUUUUUGAGGCCUUACAAAUAGCUGGUCCUGUACUUGAAGUACUAACCACCCCUGGGCA